CGUCCAACAUAUAUCCUUCCAGAGACGAAGAAAUCCGGCAAAAAUAUAGAGCAAGAAAGUGCACUUUAGAGAGAGAGAGAGAGAGACAGAGCUUGCAUUUUCUCACCGCUUUCGCGUUAUCGCAAAUCUUGAAACCCUAACUUUUUGAUCUGCGAAGAAAUCUUGCAUUUUUUUCAAGAACUGCUCUGGUUUUUCAUCAAGAAGAUGUUCGAGAUCUAGAACUGCUUUCGUCUGAUUCACUUUCGGUACAUUUCGUCCAGUUAUUGCCUUUACAGAAACGGAAAGUUUUGAAGGAAGCAUUAGAAUUUCUUGUUUUAUAAAUCGGAGUUGAAUCUUCGGGAGUUGAAGUAUUUACUGGUUUUGAUCCGAUUCGAUUGCGUUUUUCUCUGCAUUUUGGAUUUGAGAUCGAGUUCUGGUGGUUUUCGUUCGAAUUUGGCGAGUUUAGUUGGAGAAUUCUCUGAUUUUUUGUCGUUUGGUCUGUUUUUGAUUGUGCGAUUCCAAGGUGGUUGAGUUUGGUGUGAUGGCGGUUUAGUUGCUCUCGAAGGCGGAUAUGGAUGAUCGAGGUGAAUCAUUUGUUGCGGUCAGGAGGAUAUCGCAAGGUCUCGAGCGAGAAAAUACAUGCCAUUCAACUUCCGGUUGAAUUUAUUAGAAGUUUGGAUCUUUCAAUUGAAAUUAGAUCAUAUAAAAUUCAUGCCUGGUUGCAUUGAGAAUUGUGCUGAGGUUGUGGCAGGAUCGGCAGCAUGGCUAGGCAGAGGUCUUUCUUGUGUCUGUGCACAGAGAAGAGAGAGUGAUGCUCGCCUAUCAUUUGAUUUGACUCCUGUGCAGGAGGAAUGCUUACAAAGACUACAGAACCGCAUAGAUGUAUCCUAUGAUAGUUCAAUCCCUGAACACCAGGGAGCUUUGAGGGCUUUGUGGAAUGCUGCCUUUCCGGAAGAAGAACUUCGUGAUUUAAUAUCUGAGCAGUGGAAGGAAAUGGGUUGGCAAGGAAAAGAUCCAUCGACAGACUUUAGGGGUGGUGGUUUUAUAUCACUGGAGAACUUAUUGUACUUUGCUAAGAAUUAUCCGAAAUCCUUUCAGGAUCUUCUAUGGAAACAGGAAGGUGAUCGGGCCAUGUGGGAGUACCCAUUUGCUGUAGCUGGUGUAAACAUCACAUUCAUGCUUAUUCAGAUGCUUGAUCUUGAAGCUGUAAAGCCACGAACAUUGGCAGGAGCAACUUUUUUGAAGUUCUUUGCAGAAAGUGAAUCAGCAUUUGAUCUUCUCUAUUGCAUCACAUUCAAGCUGAUGGAUCAUCAAUGGCUUGCCAUGCGUGCGUCAUACAUGGACUUCAACUCGGUGAUGAAAGCUACGCGUCGUCAGCUGGAAAGGGAGCUUAUGCAAGAAGAUAUAACACGUCUAGAAGACCUACCCUCAUACAACCUUCUUUCCAGAUAGUGUAGUUGUGAGAUAUAGAACAAAAUGGCUUUUUAAGUAAGAUUCAGGCAACCAUUUGAUGCCAUUAGCUUCCUUUUCUAGUAGUCCAUUUUCUCUCAGUUUUCUUUUAAUACACGUUUUUCCACGAUAUGAUGCUUUUCUAACAUAACCUGAGAGCUGUGUUAUCUUCUGACUUCCUUUCUCGGAGAAAUGUGUGGUUGAGUUUGUGAUUGUAGUGGUAGAAUCAGUAAUUCGGGAGCGCAGAUGCGUGUUGAUUGUGAAAUAUGAGUUGUCCUCUCACAGGCACUACCCAGACUAAAACAGUAAACAGUGUGGGCUGGUUUAAUUAGUGACUCUUGAUUUUAAAGUGACAUGAGAUGGUAUUUCUAGUUUAA